AACUCCAUUCAAUACCCAAGAGACCUCUGUUUGUUUGAACUUCAAAAGCUUCAAACUUUAACCAAAUGAGAUUUGCUAGACGCCAUGGCUGGCAGCGCCCUCUCCACCCUUUACAGAUGGUGGGAAUGGCAGUGUACGGUUUUCUGGUUGUGGUCUUUUAUACAUUCCUGGGCCCUUUGCUCGGAAAUAGAAUUGCAGAAAUCUCACUCACUUCCAUCUUUUCCUUUGUGGCAGUUUCAGUCAUGUUCCUAUUCAUUAGGUGUACUGCCAUCGAUCCCUCGGAUAAAACCAGCUCUAGGAAGAAGAAAAGGGGUAAAUCUAAAGGGGUUUUAAAGCUAAAUUAUGGGUUUGUAUUGAGCCAGAUUGUUGUUAGGCUUUUUAGGAGGCUGGAGAAGAAGAUUCUUAGGACUUUUAUAAGGAGGAAGUAUCUAGACCCUCUAAAGACUAAUGUCCAAUUGGAGCCAUUACUGCCAUUUCCCCUUGUCAUGAAGGAUGAUGCAAUUUCACCUGACCUCAAAGAGGAUGACACCUCCUAUUGCUCACUUUGUGAUUUCGAGGUGAAAAGGCAUAGCAAGCACUGUAGGACUUGUAACCGAUGUGUUGAAGGGUUUGACCACCAUUGCCGAUGGCUAAACAACUGUGUUGGAAAAAGGAAUUACACAACAUUUAUUCUUCUAAUGGUUUUUGUGCUGUUAAUGCUAAUUAUUGAAGGAGGGACUGCCAUUGCUAUAUUUAUCAGGUGCUUCGCAGAUAAGAAAGGAGUAGAGCAGGAACUCAAGAAAAGGCUAUAUGUAGAUUUCCCACGUGCUGUUCUUGCCACAAUAUCGAUUCUGUUGGUUUUAUUGACUGCUUAUGGUUCAGCAGCAAUGGGACAGCUUUUCUUCUUUCAUGUAGUUCUUAUAAGGAAGGGAAUGAGGACAUAUGAUUAUAUACUGGCAAUGAGAGAAGAGAACGCUUUUGAUGAUUCAGACAGUUCAUCAGAUGAAAGCACCGAUUUUGAUUCACCUGAGAAACCAACAGUUAUGUCAAGGUUUAUAUGCAGUGGUCAGAGGGUAAAUCAGAAUCCCUCGAGGUUGUCCAUAAGGAUCGACAAAGAUCCUGAAGUUGAGCAGAGAGAAAGCUUAGCUAACAAGAAACAAGGCUUCCAUGUAAGCAUUGAUCCAUGGAAACUGAUAAAGCUGAGCAGUGAGAAAGCUCUUCUAGCGGCUGAGAAGGCAAGGGAAAGGCUGGUGAAACAGAAACAUGUUGGGGAACUUGAUUCUUUGAAGCCACUGCCAUUGGAGACAAAACGUGGACCACAGGGGAACCUAGAUAAGAACGUGGCUAAUCUGGGACCAGCCUCCACGCCUCUCAUUUCCAAAGGAAGGCUUCCAGUAUCACCAGGAUUAACGAGCCCUAGAAGGCGAUUUUCUGGCUCUCCAACCAUGUUCUCUAGCGUUGUGCCAUCACCAAAGCAGAAAUACAGAAGCAAUUUUGACUUGAAGUUAACAGAGGUUUCCCGGGAGCUUGAGACAUACAUAUCAAGACAGGUCUUGUGUUCCGUUAUAAAAAAGGAUGGCACUGAGGCAUCCCCCAGAUAGAAAUUUUCCUUGUUUCUCAGCCUUUGAGAAGAUUGAUUGGUUUUGGACAUGUAUGACAUUAAUUUUUACAGUAUCUAUAUAAAUCAAUGCUGUUCAGAUUG